UUUUCAAGCUCUCCUCGUUUCACUUGUGUGUCUAUAUUCCAAUCUAAAAUGAUGGCUCAAAAAACGCUGAUUAUUGCUGUUAUGUUGGUUUGCUCCAUUUUGCAGCCAAUGCUUGCACUGGGAUCCCUGACUCCGUCUGCCGCAUUCAGAGCAAACAUGCAACAGCGAGAACGCUCGCCGAACACCUUGUUUUAUAUGGAUGGCGCUUCGAAACAAUAUGGCGACGAGAUUAAGGACCCAAUCUACAAACGUUUCAAGCCUUGUUACUACUCACCAAUUCAAUGUCUCAUCAAAAGAAAGUAGGAUAUUGUAAGCUAUUGUCACAAUUUUGUUCUAAAAGCUUUUAUAUGUUAAGACGUUCCGCCACAUUCCAUUUUAAGACGAAUGAAGUGAUAAUCUGUUG